AUGACGGACUUGCUCCCAAACGUGAUCAAGUUCGAGAUUGAGGAGAGUGACAGAACCUUUCUGCGCUUCCUCUGGCCUCUGGGCAUAUCACGAAACCCGGCAGCGCCCAUCAAAGAGUUCUGGACCAGAGUUCUCGACUUUGGACUCAUCUGCUCUCCGUGGCUACACAUCAAGGGGGUGCGAUAUCAUCUGGAAAGGUGCAAACGUCAAUUCCCAGACAACGCUCCAUUCAUAGAGGAGGUGUCAGAGGAUCUAUAUAUGGAUGACGUUUCGUUCCAAGCGGACUCAUUCCCAGAUGCGGAGAGGAAAAUCGGCUUGCUUUUCAAGAUUUCCGGUCUUGCGAAGUUCCCACUCAGAAAGUGGGCAACGAGCGACGCGAGGAUAGCGGAAAUGAUCCGAACUCUAUCUCCCCUGGAAAGCACAGAGAUCACGACUGAUAAAGCGGAUGCCAAAUUCUUGGGAGUUAAAUGGAUUCAAGGAAAUGAUGAGAUCGGAGUUAGUAUGGACAAAGCCGUAGCGGCACUCGCGGUGGAGUCUCCGACGAAGCGAUCUUUACUAAAGGGUCUCGCAGCGAUCUUCGACCCCCUGGGACUACUGGCUCCAGUGAGUGUUCGGGCCAAGUCGGUGUUUCAAAAGCUCUGGCGUUUGGGGGUGGACUGGGACGAGACGCUACCGGAGGAGAUCAAUCUGGAAUACGAAACGUUCGUCGGAUUAUUGCGAAAUAAUUCACUCACGAGUAUUCCGAGGUGUAUUACGGGUCAGUUUUCGGCUGAUCGAUACGAACUACACGCUUUCUCGGAUGCGAGCAUGGAUGCAUACGGUUGCGUGAUCUAUAUGAGGACGAUCUUCCAGAGAACGGCGGAAACGCGUUUUCUCAUUGCUGAAGCUCGAGUAGCUCCAAACAAAUGCAAAUGGUCCAUCCAUCGCUAUGAGCUCAUGGGAGCACUUCUGACAGCGAAGAUCGCAGAUCAGGUCACAAGAUCCAUCAAACUCAGAAUCGAUAAAGGGUUCUUCUGGUGUGACAACAUGGCUUGCGUUUCGUGGAUUCACAGUGACCCAAACCGCUGGAGCGCAUUCGUGGCGAAUCGGGUCCGAGACAUCCACAAACUGUCAGACGCCUCCGACUGGCGAUAUGUAAAGUCAGAAGACAAUCCGGCGGAUAUCGUCUCGAGAGGUCUGGAUAUCUCGACUCUACCGACUAAGCAGCUCUGGUUUCGCGGUCCGGCUUGGCUGAGUAACAUCGAUUGGGAGGCACAUACGACCGACCCGCAAAUAGAGGAAACCAGCGAGGAGAAAAAUUCAGUCUAG